AUGUGUCACGCCAGACAUGCCGACGAGAGCUUUGGCUCGACUAAUGUCGCCGGUCGCGAGGUGUUGCCCACCAAUGUCAAGCCGGUGCACUACGACCUGACUCUUGAGCCAGACUUCGAGAAGUUCACCUACGAGGGAACUGUUAUUAUCGAUCUCAACGUCAACGAAGACACCACCUCCAUUUCCCUCAACACCAACGAACUCGAAAUCCACUCCAGCCACAUCCUCGUCGAUGGCAGCGUCAUCGCCUCCUCUCCCACCCUCUCCUACGACAAGGACAAACAAGUCACCACCGUCAGCUUCAGCGAGACCAUCCCCGUCGGCUCCAAGGCCCAGCUGAAGCAGACCUUUACUGGUAUUCUGAACGAUAACAUGGCCGGUUUCUAUCGCUCAUCUUACAAGACUGCCAACGGCGGAACUGGGUACAUCGCCUCGUCGCAGAUGGAGCCUACGGAUGCGCGGAGGGCGUUCCCUUGUUUCGAUGAGCCGGCCCUCAAGGCCGAGUUCUCGGUAACGCUGGUUGCGGAUAAACAGAUGACUUGCCUUUCCAACAUGGAUGUUGCGUCCGAGUCGGAAGUGGACUCGAAAAUUACCGGUGGCAAGAGGAAGGCUGUCAAGUUCAACAGGUCGCCUGUCAUGUCUACUUAUCUGUUGGCUUUCAUUGUCGGCGAAUUGAAGUGCAUUGAAACGAACAACUUCCGUGUCCCCGUGCGAGUUUUCGCUACCUUGGACCAGGACAUUGAACAUGGACGAUUCUCUUUGGAAUUGGCCGCCAAAACUCUUGCGUUCUACGAAAAGGCUUUCGACAAUGAGUACCCUCUCCCCAAAAUGGAUAUGGUCGCCAUUCCGGAUUUCAGUGCUGGUGCCAUGGAGAACUGGGGUCUGGUCACUUACCGUGUUGUCGAUUUGCUUCUCGACGAGAAGACCAGCAGUGCCUCAGUCAAGGAGCGUGUUGCCGAAGUCGUGCAGCACGAAUUGGCUCAUCAAUGGUUCGGUAAUUUGGUCACUAUGGACUUCUGGGAUGGUCUGUGGUUGAAUGAAGGUUUCGCUACUUGGAUGUCGUGGUACUCUUGCAACGCUUUCUACCCCGAGUGGAAGGUCUGGCAGACCUAUGUGAUUGAUAACCUCCAAAGUGCUCUUUCGCUUGAUUCGCUGCGAAGCAGUCACCCGAUUGAAGUGCCUGUCAAGCGUGCGGAUGAGAUCAAUCAAAUCUUUGACGCGAUUUCGUACUCCAAGGGCUCGUCUGUGCUGCGUAUGAUCUCCAAGUAUUUGGGUGAGGAUGUGUUCCUCCAGGGAGUUCGUGAUUAUAUCAAGAAACACGCUUAUGGAAACACACAGACUGGCGACCUCUGGGCUGCAUUGGCCAAGGCUAGCGGUAAGCCGGUCGAAGAAGUCAUGGAUGUUUGGACCAAGCAUGUUGGUUUCCCCGUUGUGCAGGUCACUGAGAAUGCAGACAAGGGUACUUUGAACAUCAAGCAGAACCGUUUCUUGCGAACGGGCGAUGUCAAGCCUGAAGAAGACGAGACUGUCUACCCUGUAUUCUUGGCUUUGAGGACUAAGGAUGGUGUUGCUGAGGAUCUUGUCUUGGACAAGCGUGAGUCCGAGUUCAAGGUUCCCGACCUUGACUUUUUCAAGGUCAAUGCCGACCACUCGGGUAUUUACCGAACCUCGUACACUCCGGAACGAUUGGCGAAGUUGGGCGAGGCGGCCAAGGCAGGGUUGUUGACUGUCGAAGACCGUGCCGGUAUGGUUGCCGAUUCGGGUGCUUUGGCUUCUGCCGGAUACCAAAAGACUUCUGGCUUGCUUUCUCUUCUGAAGGGCUUCAACACCGAGUCUGAGUUUAUUGUCUGGAACGAGAUGCUUACACGCGUGGGAAGCUUGCGAGCGGCUUGGCUGUUCGAGGACGAGAAGACUCGUGACGCACUCAAGGCAUUCCAGCGUGCUAUCACCAGCGAGAAGGCUCAUCAACUUGGAUGGAAAUUCUCGGACUCCGAUGACCACGUCCUACAACAAUUCAAGGCUCUUUUGUUCGGAAGCGCCGGAUCAGCCGGCGACGCAACCAUUGUCGCCGCUGCCCAGGACAUGUUCAAGCGUUACAUUGACGGCGACCGUAGCGCCAUUCACCCCAACAUCCGUGGAAGCGUGUACAACAUCGUCCUCAAGAACGGCGGUGAGAAGGAAUACAACGCCAUCCUCGACAUUUACCGCACCGCCACCACCUCCGACGAGAAGAACACCGCUCUCCGCAGCCUCGGUGCCGCAGAGGACGUCAACCUCGUCCGCCGAACGCUCGACCUCGCCACCAACGGCGAAGUCAGGAACCAAGAUGUAUACAUGCCUCUGUCUGGGCUUCGGAACCACACCACCGGUGUCGAAGAGCGAUGGAAGUGGCUGCAGGAGAACUGGGAUACCAUACUCACUCGUUUCCCGCCCUCAUUGGGCAUGUUGGGUACGAUCAUCCAGUUGUCGUCUGUGGCCUUCAACACGGAAGAACAGCUCAAGGAAGUUGAAGCUUUCUUUGCUCCCAAGGAAACUAAGGGCUUCGACCGAGCUGUUAGUCAGAGUCUGGACGCCAUCAAGGCCAAGGCUCAUUGGCUGAAACGGGACCGUGAGGAUGUCGAGCAGUGGCUUAAGACGAAUGGCUAUUUUAAUGUUGAGCAGAAGCUGUAA